CAGUUCAUCACCCGCCGCCUCAUCGCCGUUUUUGGCCGGCGAUUUCAAUUUCUGGCAGCGAAUCGGUCGAAAGAUAAAGAGGAACAAGGAGCAAAGUUGAGGAUGCCGAAUCGAGGGUUCAUUUGGGGUGUUAAUAUUCUCAGAUCAUUCUCGCAACUCGGGUCCGCCUCUGCAGUUCCUCACGUUCAAAGAUCGUUUCUUUUUUCCACAAUUUCCACUUCGUCGCUUUCACUUCCCCGUUUUUAUUCCACAGGAAUUAUAUGGUUUGAGGUCAUUGUUGGUUGAAUGUCCUGAAGAAAGGACAUGCUUGAUAUGGCAAUGGAGGAAUUGGGUCAGGCUCUUGAAGAAGAAAAAAUGUGAGUCACCAUGACAUGAUUGAAAUUAUAUGUUGAUUAUCCCCUUAAAGAUAAAAGAUUAGAAUCAUCAGUCACAAAGCACAACUGACUUGAGAAUUGUUGACUUUUUUGGGUUGAUAACAGUUUAAGUUCGAAGUGGUAGAUAUAACUGAGUUUUGUGCAGUAUUCUGCAAUAAAUUUAUUUGAUAGCUAUCCUUUUAUCACUAAUUAAGUGUAUUAAAUCACUAAAUUCCUCUUGCUCUCCGAACGGAUAGCUGUAUUUGGGAUUCUUCAGGUGGAUGUCCAUUUAAGGAAUGAAGAUUUGAGGAUUGAUACCUAUAGAUCUGAUGGUUCUGGUGGUCAAUAUGCAAAUACUACUAAUAAUGCUGUUAGAGUAACUCAUUUGCCUAUUGGGGUAACAGUUGCUAUGCGAGAUGAACGAUCCCAACAUAUGGUAAAAGGUCAUAAUCAUUAUUAUUGUUUUGCAUUUCAUUUUUCUUCAGCAUUUAGAGCAGAAUUGGCCUUUUCUUUGCAUUUAUUGACACAGUGAUUGUGAGGGUGGAAACAUGGACUUGUUCGUUUUGCUUCUUUUGCAUCCUUUCUCUAUUGUCACUGUUAAGGGACUUUCAUUUCUUUCUAAAUCAUACAAGAGCAGAGCAACAAUAUGUCAUUGAAUAAUGUUAUAAUGUUAUA